UAUAUUGGACAAAAUAUGAUUAAGGUGAUUUACAAUACUUCAGAUGUCCCCAAAUUUCGUUUUCUAAAUCAGCCCUGAAAUAAAUGUUUUUGUUAUAUGACGUAGACGUGGAAAUAAAAAAUGCAGUUCAGUGACUCUGCAACUUGAAGUAGCUGUAUUAGACCGUAUCUAAAAAAUAACAAUUCGAUACGCUAACAUUUAUCGAUGAAAACUGUGUAACGAUAAACUGCUGAAAUGAAAAUGUUUUUAUUAAGAAGAAAAAAACGUUCCAAAAAACUUGAAGUCUGAUCCUUAAACUCCGUGAAAUGAAAUUGUUGUGUGGUAUUCUUAAACAUGGCAUUAUUGGCCUGAAUAAACGAUAAACAACCGAAUAGUUUUCUAAAAGAAAGGGUAUAUGUUUCAUUUCAUGAAUUUUAGAGGAUAGCGGGAAAAUGAGCAACUGUUCAUUGCAGCUUUUUUUCAUUUUAAAAAAGAAUUAAGUGAAUAACUAAAAAUAAAAAAUAUUCUACCGACUAUAUCAAAGGCUGCAAGAAGUCUGUACUAUCUAAUGUGACAACUGAACGAUUUUAAAUAUAAAAAUGGAUAAAACACCAUCGUUAAUUAAUCCUUGGAACAUUUUAUCCACUGUAACUACAUUUGAUGUAGGCAGUAAUACAAGAUCUACAAUAUGCAUGGACAAUAACACUAAUCAAAGUAAUGGACAAAUUGUGACCGUAGUUGCACCGUCAACUAGUCUUUUAAUCGGAUCGCUUAUACAACAGCUUUGCACGCUUUUCGAAGGUGAUAAAGCAUCCAGGAACAAAUUAUAUAUUGCAAUCUGCGAUAGACUUCACGAAUUGAAAUUAAUCGAUAGUUCCUACAAUUUAAUGGAAUUUGAUACAUUAAGGGGACAAUAUCAACAAGCAGUAUACCAGUUGAUCGCGGUUGCACGUACAGCAACCGGUUGUGAAAAUUCACUGCACAUUUCUAAUCCGUUGAUGACAGGUUGGUCCAGGUACUACAGAGAAUUUGAAGAAAUAAGUUUUAUUGCUUCCGGAGGAUUUGGUAAUGUUUAUAAAGCCUUGCACCGUCUCGAUGGUAUUGAAUACGCAGUGAAAAAAAUAAUAGUACGUUCUGGCCGAGUUAAAAGUAUUAUGCACCAUCUCGAAGAAGUUAAAACUCUUGCUAAAUUAAAUCAUACCAACAUAGUUUCGUAUAAAGGCGCAUGGAUCGAACCAACAUUACCGCCAGCCUUUCUACAAAGUUUACCAUCUACAAGUCAUUCUCCGAGCAAACUAAAUUCUGCGGAUAAAAGAAAAAGCAGAUACAAGUCAUGUGCAAAUAAAAGCUUUAAUUCACAGAGCCAAUCGAAUUGUAAUAACAGUUGGGACAGUCAGACUAGAGAGCAGUCGGUAUACAAAGAAAACUACGAACAGGAUAAACAAUUAAAGCAACAUAGUAAAAAGAUAGAUUACAAAUCCGGACAUCGAAUAAUCGAAAAUGUUACCGAAGAAAGCACGGAGAAAACUAAUUCGAAUAGUAUAUCUUUCAGAAACGAUAGCAAUUGUAAUGAUAAUGAAACAGAAAACGGUACAAACUCUACCGAUGGUAGCGAUUCGUGGGAAGAAUCUAAUAGCAACAACAAACUUUGCUCAUACGUACCCCCAGUGAAUGAACAGUACGCAACGUUGUACAUUCAAAUGACCCUUUGCGAAAAAACGCUUCAACAAUGGCUCGAUGAAAGGAUUGAACUUACUUCGCAGACAAUGAUCAUUGCUGUGUUAACACAAGUUCUUUGUGGUUUGGACUACAUACACUCCUGUGGAAUUGUACAUCACGAUAUAAAGCCAAGUAACAUAUUUAUUUCAACAUCAAAUCGACUUCAAAUACAACUAGGCGAUUUUGGAUUGGCUUGUCCAUUGCAAAGUGAAAAUCGUCACUCUAUACUUGGUACACAUAUGUACGCUGCACCGGAACAACUCCAAGGAAAAUGCGAUCCUAAAAGCGAUAUAUACAGUCUAGGAAUAGUAUUUCUAGAAUUGUUAGUACAUACAGAAACUCAUAUGGAGCGGAUCGAAAUAAUUCAGAGUUUGAAAAGAGGUCAAAUACCGACAACAUUAACCGCUACUUAUCCUAAAUGGGCGCAUAUAGUAAGCCAAUUAGUACAAACAGAUCCUAAAAAACGGCCAUCGACCAGUCAACUGUUGCAAAACUUGAACGAGGAUAAAGACGUGACUAUAGCUCAAUUAAGAAGCGACAUUAUAGAGAAAGACAAUAAAAUACAAAAGCUGGAGGAGAGAAUCUCGAUGCUAGAAACACAAAUUACUAAAUAUAAUAUACCAUUAAACGAUACAUAAGUUUUUAUGUUGAUUAAAUCGAAACGAGUUUCUAGAACAAAAAUGUAUAGUACAAUUUUU